GACAUUCCUUUCACUUCUAAACUUAGAAGAGGCAAAGGAGAAGGAAGCGAAUAAGCGAUAAAGCGAGGCCCAGUCUCUGGAUUGGAACAGGCCGACAGCAAUGGAAACCUCGGCGGCGAAGAGACCGACGGUCACUCAGCGAGAGCAGUGGAUGGUGGAGAGGCAGGUUUUCGAGAUCUACAACAUCUUCAUGGGCCUUCCCCACAACCCUCAGGCCGUCAUGUUGGAAGUUCGUCGCGACGAGCACAUUGAGUACCUCUAUAAGGGUCUCAGAGAACUAGGCCCCGCAUUUGGCGUCUUGGAUGCGAAUCGGCCUUGGAUUUGCUACUGGAUUCUUCAUUCAAUUGCUAUGUUAGGCGAACCUCUUGAUGCUAAACUAGAAGAGAACGUUAUUGACUUUCUAGGUCGAUGUCAGCAUCCUGAUGGUGGAUUUGGUGGUGGACCUGGGCAGUUACCUCAUCUUGCAACAACUUAUGCUGCAGUCAAUUCACUUAUAACUUUGGGUGGUCAGAGAUCAUUGUUAUCAAUUAAUAGAGGUAAACUGUACACUUUUCUGCUGCGAAUGAAACAUGCAAGUGGGGGCUUCAGGAUGCAUGAUGGUGGAGAAAUAGAUGUCCGUGCUUGCUAUACUGCUAUUUCUGUUGCAAGUAUUUUGAACAUUUUGGAUUCUGAACUGGUUCAGAAUGUUGGAAGUUACAUCUUGAGCUGUCAGACAUAUGAAGGUGGCAUUGCUGGUGAACCAGGGUCUGAAGCUCAUGGUGGAUACACCUUUUGCGGGCUGGCCGCCAUGAUUUUGAUUAAUGAGGUUACUCGUUUGGACUUGCCUAGUUUAAUAAAUUGGGUGGUAUUCAGACAAGGUAUUGAGGGUGGAUUUCAGGGGAGAACUAAUAAAUUGGUUGACGGCUGCUAUUCUUUUUGGCAGGGAGGAGUGUGUGCAUUGAUACAAAGGUUACAUUCAAUUAUUCAACAAUUAGAGCCUUCAAAUUCUGAGGAAGAAUACUAUAGUACAGACUCAGAAAGUUCUGCAGAUCUGAAAGGGAACUUGUUCCAUGUUAAUGACACUUGUCCUUUAAGGCCUAAAGUGCACGAAGGGCAAAAUAAUGUCUGCUGUCCUGUAAAUUUCUUCGAUAUUGGCUUGAACUUUAUCAGAGAACAUGCUGAAUUAGAACCAUUUUUUAACAGCACAGCCUUGCAGCAGUAUAUUCUGUUGUGCUCUCAGGUGGACAGCGGAUUCAGGGACAAACCCGGGAAACACAAAGACUACUAUCACACAUGCUAUUGCCUGAGCGGCCUAUCCGUGUGUCAAUAUAGCAGCUCAAAGAAGGCCGGUUCUCAACCAUUGCCCAGGACGCUAUUGGGUCCUUUCAACAAUCUCUUGCAGCCAGUCCACCCCAUCUUCAAUGUCGUCUUAGAGCGAUUCAAUGAGGCCCAUGAAUUCUUCUCAAGGACUUGAUUUUCUUCUGUGUAUAUUUCAUCAGAAUCGUUUGUACUUUUUAUUAUACACUCGUUUUGUUUGUGCUCUCUAACUCUUCUCUCUCUUCUAAUCCUUCUUCAAACUAGGAUUUCUAAAUACAGCAUCCUGCUUCCAUAACGCAAAUAAUGUAUGGUUUUGGGAGAUCA